ACAAGACGUCGAUCUGCAAUAAAAAAAAUUAUUUAUCAUUAAAUCAAAGUCCCUCUGAAAUAAAAUCCUAAAUUAUAAGUUCACUGCCUGCUCAAUUCCUGUUAAACUUGCCAAAUUAUGUCCCACCAAACCGGAAUUAAAUCCAAUCCUGAGUUGAUAAAAUUCUUCAGCAAAUGCAAAGAUGGCAAAGUGCGCGUCGCAAAGAUCUCCAUUGAAAACGAGGAGUUGACACUCGUUGAUCACAAACAGGUGCAAAAAACAUGGUCUUCGGACUACGAUACUUUUAUGAAACCCCUGAUAAAGCCAGAUACUCCAUGUUACAUCUUAUAUCGUUUGGAUGAGAAGACACCAUUAGGUUACGCUUGGCUUCUCCUGAGUUGGGUACCUGAUACAGCGGCAAUUCGCGAUAAAAUGCUUUACGCCUCGACAAAAGCCACGUUAAAGACGGAAUUUGGUUCGGCGCAUAUCAAAGAGGAAUUCCAUGCGACACAACUCGAUGAAACAACCUUCGACGGAUAUCAGAAACACAAAAAGGCAUUCGCAGCUCCAGCUCCCUUGACGAGUCGCGAAGAAGAAUUGGAAGAGAUGCGAAAGCACGAAGUUAAAACUGACAUCAGUGUCGAUAGUAAGCAGCAAACUUUAGGCGGCGUUUUGUUCCCCAUCACGGAAGCUGCGAGUAAAGCGAUGCGCGAUAUGGUCCGUGGCUCGUACAGUUAUUUGCAAUUCCGCAUAGAUCUUGCGGAGGAAAAAAUUCAUCUUGUUAAGGCGGGAAAUGUCGAAGUUUCGAAAUUGGCAAAAGAAGUCCCCGAAGACAGUGGGAGAUAUCACUUGUUUUUGUUCAAACAUACACACGAAGGAGAUUAUCAGGAAGCAUUUGUGUUUAUUUAUACCAUGCCGGGGUACUCGUGCAGCGUGAAAGAGCGCAUGAUGUAUUCGAGUUGCAAGGGACCCUUUUUGGAGACAAUUCAGGAGCAUGGCAUCACAUUAACUAAAAAAAUCGAAGUCGAUUCGGGAAGCGAAUUAACCGAAGAAUUCUUGCAAGAGGAGAUCCAUCCGAAGAAAAUUUUGCAUCGUCCUGCAUUUGCCAAACCCAAAGGUCCCGCAAAUCGGGGUCCCAAGAGACUGACGAAGCCCACAACGCCCGAAUAAUGCGUUUUUAUCACAUUUUCAAAAUUUUGUGUGCGUUUAAAAUUUAUUCACUAUGCUUCCUAUGUAA